AUGCAAAACAUCAGUGGAGAUCGUGAGCCAUCGUUCACAUCGCCAAUAAAGAAUAUAAGUGUAUCGCUGGGACGUGAAGCUGUGUUGAGUUGUUUUGUAGCAAAUCUUGGCGAUUUCAAAGUCGGAUGGAUGCGAGCGGCAGAUCAAACAGUAUUAGCACUUCAAGGACGUGUCGUAACCCAUAAUUCACGUUAUAGUGUAAUAAAUGAGGAAAUGAAAGUAUGGCGUUUAAAAAUCAACAAUAUUCGUGAGGCAGACCGAGGAUGCUACAUGUGCCAAAUAAAUACAACACCAUUGAAAAAACAAAUCGGAUGCAUCGAUGUACACUUACCGCCCGACAUAUUGGAUACAGAGUCAUCGAAAGACAUUACAGUUACUGAGGGUCAGAAUGCAUCACUAUAUUGUGCUGCAAGUGGAAAUCCACAGCCGAGAAUCAUAUGGCGCAGAGAUGACGGUAAUCCGAUAAUAACAAAAGUCAACAACAAUAAAACACGUCGCAGUGAUACAGUUGAGGGUGAACUAAUAAGCUUCCAUAAUGUCGAUCGACGACAAAUGGGCGCAUAUUUGUGCAUUGCGAAAAAUGACGUGCCACCUGCAGUGUCCAAAAUGAUUCAUUUGAUUGUGAACUUUGCACCAAAUGUCUCAAUAUUAAAUGAAAGAUCGGUUCACGUACUAGAGAAUUCACAUAUUGAUAUUGAUUGCUCAAUCGAGGCAUCUCCUAGAACCGUAAGCUAUUGGAUCAAAGAGCCAUUAGGCAAAAGCUUUCAACAAUCGUACGAAAAUCCGCUCCAAAAUGUUCUACAAGAGAGUGAAAAAUAUAAUAUUAGCGAGACUUUUAACUCAUACUAUAAAACAUCAUUAAAAAUGAGAAUAUCAAAUUUUAGCGAGAGUGAUGUUGGCAUAUAUACGUGUAUAGCAUCCAACAUGAUGGGACGUGCUAAUUCCACAAUACGUCUAUAUGAAAUUAAAAUUCCCACGACAACAACAACGACAACACCAAAACCAACAACAACGACAACAAUUCGGACUACAACGCUGCGUACAACACAAGCCACAACAACCACGACAGUUGAACCAACAACAAUGGAGAUAACAUCAACGGAACCGCAAUUAGAAUUUGUCACAUUUAAUCCUGAACUUAACGAGAUUCCGGGUGGUGAUCCAUACAUCAAUAGACCACAUUUAAAUGUGGCUUACUCAACGAGUCGUGCAGCCGAAAGUUCAUUCCAUCAUGUGUGGAUGAUUGGACUUAUGUCAUUUACAAAAUUGUUAUUGUUAUUCCGGUGA